AGAAGAAGAAGAUCGGCAGCUGCCACGCGCAAUACCGGCCGCCGUUUCGACCCAAGAGGUCAGUCAUGGGCAAGGCCAAGAAAUCAAAGUCCGGCGGCAAGGGGAAGAAGGGCAAGCCCGGAGCCAAGGGAAAGAAAGGAAGCAAGGGAAAGAAAGGAAGCAAGGGAAAGAAAGGAAGCAAGGGAAAGGAAGUAAGCAAGGGAUCCUCCUCGGCAAAGAAAGGAGCCUCGGCGAAGCCCAGCAAGGAGCCGUCGCCGAGCCAGCAGACGGGCAAGGGCUCCGAACAGACGACCACCUCACAGAGCGCGACGCCCAGCCAGACCGAGACAAGCGCCACGUCCUUCAAGCCUCUGGUUCGGCCGCCCUUGGAGCCGGUGGUCUUGCCCGCCGACCUGGAUUUGUCGCUGCCGCGGCGGCCGUCGACCAUCUACGUGUGGGACUGGGGCAACGUCUGGUUCUUCCCCGUCGGAGUCGUCGCCCUGGCGGUCGUGGUACUCGGCAUGAUCCUCAUGUCGUACAACAUUCGGAGCGAAUACGUUCGAGCCCCGAACGAGACCACCGCCGCCGCGCACAACGCCACAAGCGUCGCCGCAGCCGAGUCCACCGAAACCAACGCCGUACAACACAAACGGCGGUUGUUCAACGCCACCAGGCGCAAGCACUGGGGCAUGUCGCUCGAGCCGACCGACGCGGUGUCGACCGCUUCGGACGACGUACAAGUCAAACGGCGGUGGUUCAACGCCACCAGGGGCAAGGACUGGGGCAUGUCGCUCGAGCCGACCGACGCGGUGUCGACCGCUUCGAACGACGAGUGGACAACGGCGAGCGCCGGUGCCGAGUUGACGACGUCCGCUGAAGGUGUCGGCGACGGGUCAGCCGCACUGGCUGUCCAGGUCGCGGGCGAAAAGGUCAACGCAAACGUGACCGCCAGUUCAGAGGCCAGCAGACCGGCUCAAGUUUGGCUGCAUGCCCCAGUCGACCGCUCGCAAGGCGCGAUCCACGCGACGAACUCCUUGCCAGUGGCAUCGAAGGUGACCGACAGCGAAGAGCUGCCGCAGAACGCGUCCGCUGCGUUGGGUAACGAUCCCUAGAGGGGAGACUGCGGGUAGCCUUCGGGUUGGGCUCAAAGUGCGGACUCGUCGAAGGAACGCCGGUUGCCUCCAUCGUUUCGCAACGCUAAUAAAGUGAAUGCGAGAAAAUGUCGUUUAUCUCCCUGA